AUGGCACCUACUCGUCGAGUCGCAAUUAUCCAAUGGCAUAUCAAAGAGCUCGCCAUUGAAGAAAACCACGCCACUGCGUGUGAGUAUAUUCGGCAAGCAGCUGCACAAGGCGCCGAGCUCGCUGUUCUACCCGAAUACCAUCUAAGCGGCUGGGUCCCUACGGAUCCGCGCUGGACAGAGCAAGCCGGCCAAUCAGCAACAUACCUGUCUAACUACCAAGCACUCGCAAAAGAGCUUAAGAUCUGCCUGGUUCCUGGAACUAUCAUCGAGAAGCAUGCAGGCCCUGACGACAGCAACCUGUUUUAUAAUACGGCGUACUUCAUCUCCAACGACGGCAGUAUCCUCGGAAACUAUCGCAAGAAAAACAUCUGGCACCCUGAGCGGCCACAUCUGACCUCAUCGGGACUGGAAAGCCAUGCAGCUAUCGACACGCCGAUCGGUCGGAUCGGAAUGUUGAUCUGCUGGGAUCUGGCAUUCCCCGAGGCAUUCCGCGAAUUAAUCGCCGAUGGUGCGGAGAUCGUUAUCAUACCUACUUUCUGGACUCCGCAUGAUGCUUCUGCUGAGGCUUUGAGGCACAACCCGGCUUCCGAGGCUCUGUUCCUCUCUUCCACACUGACGACUCGUUGUUAUGAGAACACUUGUGGCAUCAUUUUUGUCAAUGCCUCGGGACCAGCGGAAGAUUUCCUUGGUAUGUCACAGGUCACAUUGCCUAUUGUUGGCCCUGUAGCGAAGAUGGGUAAUGAGGAGGGUGUGCUUGUCGCAGACAUGGAUCUGGAUUUGUUAGAUAUUGCUGAGAAGAACUAUAAGGUGCGCGAGGAUAUCAAGAAGGAAGGGUGGCAUUAUGUAUACCGGCAUAGCACGAGUCAGUAA